AUGGUGCCUGAACAUUGUGUAGUCAUCAGCAAGUAUCCACAUUCUGACAACAUAGGUUUGAAGUCGAAGUUGAAGACUCCCAGGAUCAGCCACAUCGAAGAGAAACCAUUCAAGUGUGAGACGUGCGACAAACCUUUCUUGUGUUCAUCUUACUUCCAGAUACACCAACGCAUUCACGCAGAGCAGAAACAGAUCAAGUGUGAGGUGUGCGAUAAAGCUUCUGUGACACCUUUGACUCUCCUGAGACACCAGAGGAUUCACAGGGGGGAGAAACCUUUCAGCUGUGAUGUUUGUGAGGUGUCUUUCAUCCAAUCCUCCGAUCUCCUGACACACCAGAGAAUUCACACAGGGGAGAAACCCUUCAAGUGUAAUGUGUGUGACCAAGCCUUCACACAGUCAUCAGGACUUGUGAAACACCGACGCAUUCACACAGGGGAGAAACCGUUUAUAUGCGAUGUAUGCAACAAAUCAUUCUCAGAUUCAUCGAUCCUCUGUGUGCACCAACGCAUCCACAUGGGGAGCAACAGUUCAAGUGUGAGGUGUGUAGUAAGAGUUUUGCACAAUUAUCGGGCCUGGUGA